AUGAGUUCAAAGUUUGCAAAUCGCAGAAAGCCACGUAAAGUAGGCGGAAAUGACUCCGACGAAGAGGACGCCUCAACUGCACCAGAGCCUGUUGUGAAGCGACCAACGAAAUCGAGGACCAAAUCGAAAUUGAAUCUCUCGUUCGGCGCGGAUGACAAUGCUGUUGCUGAAGAGGGGAAGCUGGACAGUGACGGUGCCAACCCCAGAAAGUCUGGACUCGGUCGCAAAGUGCUCGAAAGAAAUGCCUUCCCGCGCAACUUGACACCUAAUGCCGGGGCCAAUGCUCUUUCUGCACGAGUGGGACAUGAUCGCCCUAGCUAUAGCACUGAAUAUCUGAAAGAGCUACAGAAUUCGACCCCAUCAACACCGAAACUCGCUCCCGAAAACGGAAAGAACAGAGAGAUAGAUGUGGCGGCCAAGUUCGGUGAAGUUAUGGUAGUUUCGGGUCAAGCGGCGAUUCCUACCGAGGCGGAGAUUCGCGAGAAGAAAGCUAGACGCGCUCGUUUGGCAUUGGAGCAAGGUUCACACACGGACGAUUUCAUUGCGCUCGAGGACAAUCUUGGGAGUGAUGACGAUUGGGACGGCAUAGCACGAGGCGAAAAAGAGCCCGAGAAGGAGAAAGAUACUCGUCUUGUUCGUGAUGACGAAGACUUUGCAGAGGGUUUUGAUGAAUAUGUGGAGGAUGGGUUGAUUUCGCUCGGACGAAAGGCGGAACGCGAGCAGCAGCGCAAACAGCGUGAAGCCAUGCGUGAGCUUAUCGAGGAUGCCGAGGCGUUGUCAGAUGAUGAUGAUUCAGAUCUGGAGGAAAAGGCAGCAUACGAGGCUCAUCAGACAAAAGCAGCAAUUGGCAACGGUCGCCGCAAUGGCAUCGACAGACCUCAGACCCCUCCAAAGGUUACUUCGUUGCCCAAACUGGCUACCAGCCUUGAAAGACUGCGGACCACCCUCGCCUCCAUGGAGUCUUCAAAAACUCAGAUGAUCAGCCGUAUGGAGGAUCUACGCAGGGAGAAAGAAGAAAUUGCCACACGUGAGAUUGAAAUUCAAGCGUUGAUCAAGGAGGCAGGCGACAAUUACGAGCGUCUCAAAAAGGAGGCAGGACAUGAUCCCACAGCCGACGCUUCGGAAAGCGCAAUGGUGAAGCGUGGGUUGGAAAGCAUCGGGGCAUCCAUGGCAGCUCCCGAUUCGAGCUCUCCAGACUCUUGA